AUCGAACAUGGACCGGUAUACACAUACUUGAUGGGAAACUUAGAAUGGAUACUCUCGAGAACCCUGGCGAUAUUUCAGAGAGGAUAUAUUGGGGUCCUGGACAACCUGACGAAGGAGAGCCAGGAGACAGACAGUUGUGUACAUCAGCAACCUUCACUGGACCUGCUGAGACAAGAGAGCAAGAGACUCCUGAACCUCAAAGAUGGGAUUAUACACCAGUGUCACUCACCGACUGUGAUGCAGUGCGCCUACCAUACGUUUGUGUAACCGAACAACUUUUGAGACUUAAUCUCCAGAUAAUGUCGUCGUGUCCGCGCGGAUAUUACGGCUCCCCAUGGCUCCAACAGUGCUACAAGGAGCAAGGUCUUGCUACUUUUGAGGACGCAGACAAUGUCUGUACACAAGACGGUGGACGGCUAGCCCGAGUAGACUCCAUAUUCCACCAUAACGUGGUUUCCCGGGCAACCACUCAACUGAUGAUGGGUAUAACAGAAGAGGUGGAAAGUCCGGUAAGUGGGCCUACGUGGGUCGGUGCUGGUAGUUCGUGCAACGUCAUCGACAGACAGUGGUCCAGUAUGUCUUACCACUGGAACUGCGACUCAAGACUGCCGGGUUUAUGUGAAACACCCGCUGUUUAUGAAGAGAAGAUUGGCAUUACUGCUUCGGUACUAACAGAGCUCACUACACGUCCAAUUGGAAAGUCCGGCGAUUUGGAGGUUUUUCUACCCAAAGAGUCCAGAUUUCGCGAAGUUGCUCGACUGAACUGUAACUUCAAGGGUUAUAACCCUGAGAAACAUGGCGUGACAUGGUACCGUAAUGGUACCGCACUACCCGUGGUGAUGUAUUCAACGUCGAGGGACGGAGUCCAUCUGAACGUCUCUCUCGGUUUGCGAGACGCACCAAUAACAUUGGUGGGAUACUACUGGUGCGAAACCUUCAACAGGAACGCGACGAGGCUUGAACGUUCAAAUAACAUCUUCCUACGCUAUAUAGAUGAAGAUCUGCAUGCGGGGAGCAUUGAGCUCCAACAAACUGGACUGAUCCCUCCAAGCACUUAUAACAUGUUCAACUUAGCUGGGGUCGUCACUUUCGAUAUAGACAAGAUUGUGAAAGCUUAUAACAGCACCCCAAGGAACAUAUUUCCUGUCUUCAUACAUCCACUGAGAUUUAGGUAA